CAUGUGACUCUAUCAAUCAUGUACUUGGAAAACCCCUGCCAAAAUCAGGAUCUGUCUUUAUUGGUGUAUUUCCAGACCUUCAUGGGAAAAUCCAGAUGCCUGUACCAGUCAAGAAUUUUACUGGCUGCAUAGAAGUUAUAGAGAUAAACAACUGGAGAUCUUUCAUUCCAUCCAAGGCAGUGAGAAACUAUCACAUUAACAAUUGCAGAUCCCAGGGAUUUGUGCUGUCUCCAACAGCCUCCUUUGUUGAUGCUUCUGAUGUGACACAAGGGGUUGAUACUAUGUGGACGUCUGUCAGCCCCUCUGUUGCAGCACCCUCUGUGUGCCAGGAGGAUGUAUGCCACAAUGGAGGCACAUGCCAUCCCAUCUUCCUCUCCAGUGGUAUAGUGUCAUUCCAAUGUGACUGUCCACUACAUUUCACUGGUCGCUUCUGUGAAAAAGAUGCAGGUUUAUUUUUUCCAUCUUUCAGUGGGAAUUCCUAUUUAGAACUGCCCUUUUUGAACUUCGUCCUGGAGAAGGAACAUAACAGAACUGUUACCAUCUACUUGACUAUAAAAACAAACAGUUUAAAUGGAACUAUUCUUUACAGUAAUGGGAAUAAUUUUGGAAAGCAGUUUCUUCAUUUAUUUCUUGUGGAAGGAAAGCCAUCAGUUAAAUAUGGAUGUGGAAAUUCUCAAAAUAUUUUGACUGUUUCUGCUAACUACAGCAUUAACACAAAUGCAUUCACCCCUAUCACAGUACGGUUUAGCCACACAAUGCCUAUUGGCAGCCCUGGAGUUGUUUGUAUAAUUGAAAUGACUGCAGAUGGAAAACCUCCAGUACAGAAGAAAGACACAGAGAUUUCCCAUGCCUCUCAGGUAUAUUUUGAAUCAAUGUUCCUUGGUCAUAUUCCUGAAAAUGUUCAAAUUCAUAAGAAAGCAGGUCCUGUUUAUGGAUUCAGGGGCUGCAUUCUAGACCUUCAAGUAAACAACAAAGAAUUCUUUAUCAUCGAUGAAGCACGACGUGGAAAGAAUAUUGAGAACUGCCAUGUCCCUUGGUGUGCUCAUCAUCUGUGCCGCAACAAUGGCACCUGCCUCAGGUCAGUACUAGUCUCCUGAUUCCCAACCUACAUUGCAUGACUCCAAAUUCUUAAAACAACAAGAGCCAGCAGCAUUGUCCUCUGAGAGAGGGAAAAUACAA